AUGCCAUCUUUUGAGACUGCUUCCGAACUCUAUCAACAGGGUAACGAUUUGUUUGUGGACGAGGAAUAUGAAGCUGCUCUUGCCAAGUAUUCAGCAGCUAUUGAUAUGGAGGAGAAAGUUGAAUAUUUUGAGAAGAGAUCUGCUUGUAAUUAUCAACUCGGAAGACACAAAGCUUCGGUUGAAGAUGCCGAAAAAGCUAUUGCAUUGUCUUCCAAUACAUCCUUUAAUGGAUUCUUGAGAAAGGGUAUGGCUUGCUUUGAGAUGGAGCAAUUUGAAAAGGCUUUAGAAGCUUUUGAAAAGGCCUCCUUGCUCAAACCUGAUGAUUCCAAAGUUAAAACAUGGCUCCGAAAAGCUAGAGCAGAAGUGGAAAGUGCAAAGACUACAAAUACAGCAUCAACAACAACGACAAAUACUGGUACAACAUCAUCGGCUACAACUUCCUCUUCAUCAAGCACAUCAUCCAACACUCUUACUGUGACUCCUCUCAAGAAGAAGAUCAAAUGGAACUUUUUCCAAAUGGGAGAGUAUGCAGUUGUAAAUCUUUUGGGAUUGCAGCCUAUCAGCAAAGAAAAUAGACAUAUCGAAAUUCAACCAAGCAAAUUAAUUAUUUCACUGAACUUACCUCCUCAAGAGGGAGUACCAUCUACUCUAAAUGAUGAAGAUUUAACAAAUUGGGAGAGAACAUUUACGCUUUUUGACGACGUUAUCCCUUCGGAAUCAUCUAUUAUUCAUUUACCUUCCAAGGUAGAAAUUAAAUUGAAGAAAACUCAUGCAUCUAUCGACUGGCCAUCAUUGGAAACAAUUGAAAAUGCAAACAAAUUUGACCCUCAAUUCCAGACAGCAAGUGUCUUUGUUUCUCAAGUCGAUCCAAAGAAAUAUCCUACUUCAAAGAAAACUGAUUUUGACACUCUGGAUAAAAUUGGCAAGAAAGAAGAGGAGGAAGAAAAGCCUGAGGGUGACGCUGCUUUGCAAAAACUUUUUCAACAAAUUUAUUCUCAAGGAGACGAAGAGACAAGAAGAGCCAUGAUGAAGAGCUUCCAAGAAAGCGGAGGUACUGUUUUAUCUACAAAUUGGAAGGAGGUAGGAUCAAAGAAGGUUAAAGGAGAAGCACCACAAGGCAUGGAAAUGAAAUAUUGGAAUCAAGAAUAA